UUGUAUUUAGCCACGUUUCAAAACUUUCUGGGAAUUUCAAAAGAGUUCAGGAAGUUUUCAGGGUCCGCCAUCCGCUGCUACAGCUGUAAGGACUACACCGCCAGCUGCACCAAGCAGCGAGACUGCAGCUACGACGACGCCUGCCUCACGCUCAUCGAGAGAGGUGGGAUGACCUACAGGAAGUGUCUGAAGUACACGGAGUGUGAGCGGAGCCGCCUGGCCCAGAUGUUCCCCAGUUUGACCUCCCAGGUUUCCAGCUUCACCUUCAGGUGCUGCAACUCCGACCUGUGUAACUCCGCCUCCUCGUCUGCAGCAGGCUCUGUGAUUGGCCUGCUGGCCUCCGUGCUGGUCAUGUGGUGGUGUCCACUGAGCGCUCCGCGGCCCCCUGCAGUCAGCUUGUGUAACAGCCUCAUCGACGUGUCAGUGUGGAUCUAA